CUCCGCGGCGGGCCGGGCCGCGCGCCACCAUGCUGGGCCUGGACGCGUGCGAGCUGGGGGCGCAGCUGCUCGAGCUGCUCCGGCUGGCGCUGUGCGCCCGAGUCCUGCUGACUGACAAGGAGGGGGAGCGUCCACAGCAGGAUGACGUGCUGGACGAGGCCGUGCCGGAGUACCGUGCGCCGGGCAGGAAGAGCGUCCUGGAGAUCCGGCAGCUGGACCCCGAGGACGAGAGCCUGGCCAAGUACAAGCGGGUGCUGCUGGGGCCCUCGCCGCCUGUCGUGGACCCCACCCUGCCCAACGUGCAGGUGAGGAGGCUGACGCUGAUGUCCGAGCAGGCCCCGGGGCCCAUCACCAUGGACCUCACAGGGGACCUGGCUGCGCUGAAAAACCAGGUGUUUGUCCUGAAGGAGGGCGUUGAUUACAAAGUGAAAAUUACCUUCAAGGUCAACAGGGAGAUUGUCAGCGGCCUCAGAUGUCUGCACCACACCUACCGCCGGGGCCUGCGGGUGGACAAGGCUGUCUACAUGGUGGGCAGCUACGGCCCAAGCACCCAGGAGUACGAGUUUGUGACUCCAGUGGAGGAGGCUCCGCGGGGUGCCCUGGUGCGGGGCCCCUACACCGUCACGUCCCUCUUCACUGACGACGACAGGACAGACCACCUGUCCUGGGAGUGGGGCCUUCACAUCUGCCAGGAGUGGAAGGACUGACCCCACCCCGACACGGGGUCCUUGUUUCCCUCCCUCCGUUGCCCCACAGGGACCCCCCAGCAUCCCCAGCCCUGUCGUGAGUGGCCAGACCCCUCCCCCGCCCUCUGCUCUGUCCUGGGACCCCCC